AUGGCUACAUCAUCAACGUCAUUUUGUGAUAUAUGUGAAUCACGAGGUACCAGAAAAACUGCAAUCAUUUGGUGUUCCGAAUGUGAUGAAUUGCUGUGCCACGAAUGCAGCGAACACCACAGUAUUUCAAAGUCCUCCAAGAAUCACACAACACAAUCGGUAGACGACUACAGAAAUUUACCGUCAUUUAUUCUGACUGCUACCGACAAAUGUAAUGUACACACUGGCAAAUAUGAAUUUUUCUGUCCAGCUCAUGACGAUCUCUGUUGUGUGCAGUGUUUACAUGAUAAGCAUAAAGAUUGUGACCAGUUAUUUCCCCUUUCUGCCGUGGUUCACAAUGUCAAGACAUCUGCGUUUAUGAAUGACAUUGAAAGUACUGUUGAAGAGUUGAGGAAAAACUUCAAUUUACUUAUUGCCGAGUGUGACGACAGUAUGGAAGCUUUCACGGCGACUAUGCACAAAUGUCGGAAAGAAAUUAAAGAACUGCGGCAAACAAUUGAUGACCACAUAAAAAAAAUUGAAAAACAAAUUCUCGAUGAACUAACAUGUAAGUUUAACCAAUGUUUAUCAGUUAAAGAAAAACUAAUGGAAGAUCUCGAGAAAGCAGCAGUAAGAGUCAAACAGACCGCAAAUGAUUUGGUUAACAUGAAGAACCAUGCGUCAGAAUUACAGGUCUUUCUUGGUUUACGGAACAUUGAAUCGUUUAUAAAAGAAGAUAAGUGUUUCAUUGAACAUUUGUUGCAAACUAAUACACUUAAACAUUCAGAAUGCAAGUUCGAUAUUAGUCCUGCUAUUUUUUAUAUUACAAGUGACUUAACUCUUUUGGGAAAACUCUCAAUAGAAGAAAAACCGAUAAUUUUGUCACUUGAAGUUUUGAAAAAGAAAGAAGCCCAGGCUAUUCGAUCUCCUGGCUAUGUCAUGCACCAAUAUUCAAUAAAAACGCAUUGGCAAAUUCAUAUUACUGGAGGGAAGAAUGCACAACGUCUUACUGGUUGUACCAUGCUACCGUCCGGAGAUAUUGCUAUAGCAGACAAAAACAAUGACAGGCUUCUUAUAUGUGAUCCCCAUGGUUUUUUAAAAAAGGAAAUACCAGUAAUUGGUAGUCCUGUAGAUGUGGCAUAUGAAUCUCAGAACCAAGUCGCAAUCUCUCUGGCAAAUAAAGCUAAAAUUAAGUUUGUUAACACCGAAACUGGAACAACUUGCCAUAAAUUAUCCAUUCCAAGCACCAGUUAUGGUAUAUCGACCUCUAUCGGAUAUGAUCCGCAUCACUCUGACUAUAAAAUUGUUGCGCGUAUUAAAGAUUUCGGUUUCCUAAUCACUGAUAGAGCAGGCAAGAAAAGUAAAGUCGUGGAAAAUCAAGGAGAUGCAAUUUUGUAUGUUUCGUACAAAGACGAAAAACUGUAUUUCACAAAAUGGGAUACCAACAAAGUGAUUUGCUGUGAUCUGUCAGGGAAUAUAAUUUGGGAAUUUAUGAAUGACAUUCUGCAGAAACCAUGUGGGAUUUCAUUGACGGAUGAUGGUAAUAUGUUUGUAGCCGGAUUUGAAUCCAAUAAUAUCGUAAUGAUCUCGGAAGAUGGCAAACAUUCGCGAGAACUUGUGACGGAGUUAGACAGUUUGAAUAACCCGGCUGCUAUUCAUUUCAAUUCUGUGUUAAACCAACUGAUUGUUGUAAAUCUAAACGACGGAAUUUGUAAUGUGUUUGAAAUCAAUCGUUAA